AUGAGAACACGUGCAAAAAAAAUCCUUUACUACUCUGGUAUUCUUUCAAUAGAAGUGAUAGCAUACUAUAUUUGCAUAUAUUUAUACUUUACUACAGAACAGCACAGUUAUAUACUUCUAUCCUUCAUUUACAUCCUCGGGGUUCUAUCUGGCUGCUUGACUAGAAGCUUGUCAAGUUUAUCCAAUCUGUUAUUAGUUAAGACACUAGCUACAUUUUUCUAUUCAAAGAUUAUGUAUGAGCUCUUUGUCAUAGCACGGAUAUUAGUCGGGGUUGAUAAAAAUUUUGAUAUUUGUCUGAUAGUAAUAGCUUUAAUGAACAUUUUGAGAGGAAUGCUAAAGAAUGGUCUGUCUUCCAACUUUAGUACAAGUAAAAAGAUGGAGUACUACAAUGAUAUUAUUAAACUCGAGAGGUUUAUUAUACGGCUAAUGAAUAGAAGCUCGCAUGUACAUUUUACUGAUGAAAUGGUCAAAAACUAUAUACUUUGUACAGCAGACAAGUCAGACAAAAGGCCAAAUGCUUGGGAAGCUACGAUCCAGGAAUACUAUUCGGUAUUCUUUGCGAUAAUCCUGAAUUGA